AUGAAUGACACGAGCAUUUCUGAAGAACCUCAAUGGAGCCGUCAUCUGAAAUUUUAUAUUUUCACUUCGAUUCAAUUGCCAUCGAUAUGUGUAGCUGUCUUUAUUCUUUAUCGGUUUUAUUAUUCAACGAAAAUUCAUUCGCGUUUGCAUUAUCAUUCGUUGCUCACCUUACUAACCAUUGCUUUUCUGGAAUUGAUCACUGAAUUACCACUCACACUGCAAUUUCUCUAUUCCGGUCGAGUGCGACCUGCAUUCAGUUGGUUUUGUCUCGUUUGGAUAUGGUACAAUUGCUCACUUCAUUCCAUGAAUCUCUUUCUCAUGGCAUGGACGUCAAUUGAACGACAUAUUCUAAUCUUUCAUUCUCAUCUUCUUCAGUCAUCUCAACAAAAAUUCCAGCGACACUAUUUACCGAUCAUAUUUUCUCUUUUCUACAUUCCUCUCUUCUAUUUCAUAUGUAUUUUUGUUUACUCCUGUGAGAAUACAUUUAACUACACCAUACUUUUAUGUGGUUCUAUUUGUUACAAUAAUCUCCCGUGGUUAGCAGCAUUCGAUUGGAUCGUUCAUAUCUGUGUUCCAUCGUCAAUCAUUCCAGUUGCGAGUAUCAUCCUCCUGAUUCGAGUGAUAAUACAGCGAAAGAAAAUGAAACGAACAUUAAAUUGGAAAACAAUUCGUAAAUUAACUUUACAGUUGAUGUUUAUAUCAAGUCUAUACUCGAUCUUUUGGGUAUCGUACGCAUUGAUUAUCGUCAUUCGUUUGUAUUUCAUUCCGACGUUUCUUCCUGUGAUCAUCAAUUACUAUUUUUUGUAUUUGCCUUACUUCGUUCAGCUUUUCAUGCCAUUUCUAUGUUUAAUCUGUUUGCCUGAAUUAUGGCGUCAAAAGCUGCGCGUUGUUCCAUUAGUCUGA